GUUUUAAAUUAUGAUUACUUAGUUUUUCUUUUUUCAAAUGUAAAUAAACAAAAUUUUGAUAUCUAUGCCUGGCAAAAUAAAAAAAAAAAAAGAAAUUAUGUUUUAAGCGGUUGACCAACAAGAAAAAAAAUAUCUCAAAAACUCGCAUAUCAGCAAAAAAUAAACAAUUUUCCUAAUUAAAUUUACACAAAAUCUUCCAAAAAAAAUUCAAAAUAUAUGAACACAUAUAUUUAUUAGCUCAUAUUAUGAAUGCACGUGAAAUUUUAAUAAAAGCUUGUGAAUUUGAUAAAGCGGGCAGACGUUUAGAAGCAUUUAAUUUAUAUUUUGAUGGAAUUCAAAUACUAAAUGAUUUAGCAAAAGCUGAGAAAGAUGAAGCUAAAAAGCAGCAUUUUAAAGCAAAAAUUGAGGAAUACAUUAACCGUGCAGAACAUUUAAAAAAAUCUAUUCAAAGAAAUUGUACAAGGGGAGAACUAGUUGAAAGAAUACUUAUUAUGGAGGGUGCAACAGGUCACAGCUACAAAAGUUUAUUUGGAAAAUAUUUAACUAAUGACGUGAAAGAAAUAGAAAUUGCUGAAACGUAUUUAAGGGAACAUUAUCAGUUCCAGAAUUUGAUCAUUUUUUUAGAACUUUGUGUUAAAAAAUGUAGAAAUCUAAAAUAUGUAAAAUUAACCACUAAAACAGAUCCAAAACCAAUGUCGGAUCAAAAAAAAAAUUUGGAAGCAAUUCAAAAUAGUUUAUUGUCCAAAGGUAUUACAUUGGCAAUUGAGUUUUCUGAAACACUUCAUGACCGCGAAAUAAUAUUAAAUACUGGUUUUAUCAUCAAAAUAGGAAGAGGGUUGCAUUAUUUUAAAGCACCAAAUCCAAAAUAUUCUUUAGGAUUAUGCGAUUUUGAUUUUAGAGAAUGCUUUGAAACAACUGCCGAUAUUUUUAAAUGUACACUAUAAAUAAAAUAGGUUUCUAUAAAAUUUGAUUUUUUAUUUCCCUAUUAACAUUAAAAAACACAUAAUUAA